AUGAACAUCGACUACUCCCGAAGGAAUAAGAAACCCCGGCUACUUCUGGAGCCGGAGAGGCAGGAAUUGGAGGAGUUUAUCGAAGCCAUACAUUAUUCCGCCAGAUAUUCAGACAGCGAGUUCGAAUAUCGCCAUGUCCAGCUGCCCAAAAAUAUGCUUAAAAAGAUACCUACCGACUAUUUCGAUACAUCGAAGGGGACACUGAAGUUGCUGUGGGAGGAGGAGUGGAGGGGCCUGGGCAUCACGCAGAGCUUGGGUUGGGAACAUUACGAAGUCCACGAACCAGAGCCCCACAUUCUGCUUUUCAAGCGACCAAUUAAUUACCAACCGCCCACGAAUUAG